CCUCUCAUCGACCUCUAAGUGGUCAGCUCGGGUGAAAUGUCCUUUAAGCUCCAAAAUGCUCCAAAGUCAUAGCUUUACUCCGAAAUGCACCUGAACCUGAAAACAUACAUAGAAGAAUAGAAAACAUAGAUAUAUAUAUAUAGUAAAAUACUAAUAUACCAUGGAUAAAAAUAGGACAAAUCCAAGGUAUAUCAGGAGUCUUACCAUCUCUGUCUGACCUAUUCAAGAUGACUCAUGCCACAUCCGACAGAGUUUUUGUGGAUCCUGCAUCUGAGAAACUCUUCAAAGCAGUGGCUUCUCGGAUUGAAGAACGGGAGACGCAACUAACCCAGGAGUCUCCCGAUGGAUUACCCGUCACAUUGUCCACCGAAGACGCCGACAGAAUCUUCGAAGAGGUGGCUCCUAGAAAGAAGGGACGAAUAGUUGGUAUAGGCUCUGUUAACGAAGUUGCAAGGGCAACUUCGUCAUACACUUCGAGACGGGAUGAAGAGACUUCUCAGAUGAAAGCUCGAAUGGAUAGCCAUCAGGUUCGUUUAGACUCUCUUAAGGAUUUGCUAGACGUGAUGGCCGUGGGAAACCCGGUUAUGCAGAGAAUGUUGAGUCAGAGACGAGCCGCUCUUGGGUUGCCAGUACGAGAUCCCCAAGAGUCCGAUCCAACCCGUCAACAGCCGAGCAACCCCACCGACUACUUCGAUGAUAUGUAGUUUUUCCAUAUUUCGGUUUGUAUUAUGAAUUUAAAUAUUAUUGUAUGACUUUUAAAUGCUUUUUUAAAAUAUGUUUUUUAUUUUCAUAUUUCGUUUUAAAAUUAAAAUGAUUUUAAAUUCUGAAUUUUAAAUAAAUUUAAAUUUAUAUUUGAGGUUAAAAAAAUAUUCAAAUUUAUUAUAUAUUAAUAAGAAUCGAUGAAACUCCACGUAAACGUUUACGACUGAUUACCGUCGAAAGAUUUACCAGGGUUUUACAUCGAAAAGUUUACGUGUUCUUUACAUCGAAACCGUUACGUGGAGUAUACAUCGAAUAAUUUACGAGGGUUUUACAUCGAAACAGUUACGUGUUCUUUACAACGCAAGUGUUUACGUCUGCUUUACAUCGAAACCGUUACGUGGAGUUUACCACGAAAUAUUACUUCUCGUUUAUGACAAAAUGGUGCCCUCCGCUUUAUGAGGAAUAUAUUUCGUCGUAAACUUAGCAAGUCAUUUACGACGAAACCUCCGUUACGACGGACGUUUUACGACGAAACGUGUUUCGAGGUUAAUUUGUCGUAACACCCUUUUUACGACGAAGUUACAACAUAUAUUGCCCUCGUAAAAAAUAUGUUUUCUUGUAGUGAAUCUUCGUAAAACCGGUCCCUAUUACUUACGGGAAAAAUCAUUCGUACAAUCAGACCAAGUCUUACGAAGAAACUUUCUAAACUUGACAUAACAGGCUUUAUGAAGAAGUAUGUUUUGUAUAGCAAACGCAAACCUGUAAGAUCUGAUUUUCGAUGAUCAAUCUAAACUUUAUCUCUUCGCAUUACGAUUUAAUAUGUCUCAUUUUUUAGGCCUGCGGCUCGCUGGCUUCUGCCUUUCUUUUCCCUCGGUCACAGCCGAGAAGGCAGUCAUCCCGCCGCUGACUCCACACUGGUUAUGUAGCAAACUUCUUGGGCUUCGUCUUCCUCCGACAAAAAAAACUUGAUUUUCAUAAGACUAUAGGUCACAUUAUACGAAAUAUUCGUCGUAUAACUGAAACCUAGAGCGGAGAAUCGUUUUCUAUGACUAUCGGCCAUAUUAGCACAGAUAGCCCCGGCAAACUUGGCCUAUCAAUCUCGACAAGCGCUCUUUGGCCUUCGGUCAAUUACACCUUCCACUAAGGGUCCAAACAAAUAUUUGCAAUCCCCUUUAAGGACGAUUGUAAACUAACAUGACCUUAAAUGUUAAAGUACCAUGGUCUAAUCCUUGACCUACAACAUCCUUGGCUAUCUGAGUAAACACAUCCUUCACGACAUGCCAAACUAUUUGAGAAACCAUCGCUCCAUCACUUAACGGCUAAACGACAAUCUACGAUUUAUGUAAAAACGUCCUGAGACUAUUAAGAGAAUAACUAUCAUAUAACCCACAGUCGGAAAUCAUAUGAUAAAUUCUUCGUAACGAAACUCAGUCCUAACAACCAAACGGUUAACAGAAAACCAAAACUUGUCGACAAUCGACCAAGUUCAAUACAUUCCACAAUUCACUUUAAGCCCGCAACGUUUUACCCAUAAUACGCGGCAUGUAAGAAAAAAUUCGUAACAAAGCUUCUAGAGCUAUACAAAACAUCCUCAAAAAUACGUGAAAUAGAUCUCGGAAGGCCAACACUUCACAAAACACCAUGAAGGAAAACGCUUCUUCCCAUGAACAAAUUUUCGCGACACCUCAGUCCUAAUUCCUCGAUCGCAAAUCAAAUUAUUAGCAUCCAAACAGGAACAACAAUUUUGGCUGCAAACAUCCGUAGUCAAACCAGAAUGUUUCUAAAACGCAGGGCUAAGACUAAACCCUUGCAACAUCGCGAAACAUCUUCAAGCCUGCGAACAUUUCAAGCUCGAAACGCGGCAUACGAAAGAAUAAUAAAUCUUCAUCAUCGCGAGAUGUCGCAGACACCUGAAGAUUCAUUCUUCGACGAAAUUUCCUUCCUUCAUAAAACACCUUCUUGGAAGACCAGACCGUCAUACGCACUAACAUCUUCUCAAAACAUAUCCUUCGCGAAGACUCAAAAUGGUAAUUUUUACCAUUAAGUUUGUUGAUGAUCUUAAUAAACUCUUAACGUCCUAAAUAGAUUUAGCCAUCUCGUAUAGAUGACUCUCGUACAUCUGACACAAGGAUAAUAGUGCUAUAAAAGAAACCCAAAAUUUUUGGUCAUCACUUCCAGGAGGCUUAAAAAUUGUCCUUGGAGAGAUGCUCGGUUCCAACCAUACAGGUCGUAUAAGCCGAGAACCUAUCGUGGACUUUAAAUCGGUAUGGAAUCAGGAUGAAACUGAAAUGGGAUACGUAAGUCGAAUUAGUCAUCGCACCCACUAAAACAGGGAGUAAACCUAGGUCUUGCCCUAAACCUAGCGCACUGGUCUCUAACAUCUAUAUGCAUAGUAUCAAACACCCUGAAACGAGAUUCCAAAAUUUGUCUCUUUGCCAAUAUUCGAGUGUCUUCAGAAAUCCCGCAAGUUUACACACUACGGAAAACUCCCGAAACAGAUCACAUAUAUAGCAGUUCACACAGAGUUAGAUUACGAGAUGACAACUUGUAGUCUUCCUCCUACACCCAUAUAAAAUACCAUCGGCAGCAACACGCCUGAUAACCUCUACAUAUAAACUAGACCGUAAAGGUCUCACUGGAAAACUAUUCAUAAGAACCUUAACUCCAAGACGAACUACGAAAGACGAAAGACGUGAUCCCUUCAACAAGGGUACGUAGGCAGCCGUCAUAAGGCGCAGCCCCAAUCUUAUCGCGUUCUACUUUUAGAAGAGAGAGAAGACCACUUACCACAUACAUUUUCAACCAUUAAUUCCGCCUAACUCACCUAACUUGUCUAACU